CGAGGAGCGAGUUCCGGCGCCGGUGUGCAGCCUCUUCGUUGAGACGCCCGGAGCCCGGCAGCCGCAGCCUUUCGAUACACUUUGUUGCCCGUCACCCCGGCCUGGGAUGCACCCAGGGUAGGUCUUGUCCCGGGACCGAGCCCCACCGUCGCCUGCUGCCUCCCGCCUCCGCGUGCCCUGGUUCUGAGAAGACGUCUGUGUCGUGCGGUUAUGCAAUGGUCUCUGCAAGAUGGUUUAUUCUUGAAUUGGACCUUUUUAAGACUGACAAAUGCUGGUACUUCAUCUUCUAUAAGUGGACUAUAAUUUCUUUUCUCAAGACAACUACAUAAGCAGACAAAAUUGCAAAGAUCUGCCCUGUGUCGAGUAUGACAGCCACGACUCGUGGCUCUCCGGUCGGAGGGAAUGACAACCAGGGCCAGGCUCCUGAUGGACAGUCUCAGCCCCCCCUCCAACAGAAUCAGACUUCAUCGCCUGAUUCUUCCAAUGAAAAUUCCCCGGCAACUCCCCCAGAUGAGCAAGGUCAAGGUGAUGCCCCACCACAGCUUGAAGAUGAGGAACCUGCAUUUCCACAUACUGACUUGGCCAAGUUGGAUGAUAUGAUCAACAGGCCUCGAUGGGUAGUUCCAGUUUUGCCGAAAGGGGAAUUAGAAGUACUUUUAGAAGCUGCUAUUGAUCUUAGUAAAAAAGGGCUUGAUGUUAAAAGUGAAGCAUGUCAGCGAUUUUUCCGAGAUGGGCUAACAAUAUCAUUCACUAAAAUCCUUACAGAUGAAGCAGUGAGUGGCUGGAAGUUUGAAAUUCAUAGGUGUAUUAUUAAUAAUACUCAUCGUCUGGUGGAGCUAUGUGUGGCCAAGUUGUCCCAGGACUGGUUUCCACUUUUAGAACUUCUUGCCAUGGCCUUAAAUCCUCAUUGCAAAUUCCAUAUCUACAAUGGUACACGUCCAUGUGAAUCAGUUUCCUCAAGUGUUCAGUUGCCUGAAGAUGAACUCUUUGCUCGUUCUCCAGACCCUCGAUCACCAAAGGGUUGGCUAGUGGAUCUUCUCAACAAAUUUGGCACUCUAAAUGGGUUCCAGAUUUUACAUGAUCGUUUUAUUAAUGGAUCAGCAUUAAACGUUCAAAUAAUUGCAGCUCUUAUUAAACCAUUUGGGCAAUGCUAUGAGUUUCUCACUCUUCAUACAGUGAAAAAAUACUUUCUUCCAAUAAUAGAAAUGGUUCCACAGUUUUUAGAAAACUUAACUGAUGAAGAACUGAAAAAAGAAGCAAAGAAUGAAGCCAAAAAUGAUGCUCUUUCAAUGAUUAUUAAAUCUUUGAAGAAUUUAGCUUCAAGGGUUCCAGGACAAGAAGAAACUGUUAAAAACUUAGAAAUAUUUAGGUUAAAAAUGAUACUUAGAUUAUUGCAAAUUUCUUCUUUCAAUGGAAAGAUGAAUGCACUGAAUGAAGUUAAUAAGGUGAUAUCUAGUGUAUCAUACUAUACCCAUCGGCAUGGUAAUCCUGAGGAGGAAGAGUGGCUCACAGCUGAACGAAUGGCAGAAUGGAUACAGCAGAACAAUAUCUUAUCCAUAGUGUUGCGAGAUAGUCUUCAUCAGCCACAGUAUGUAGAAAAGCUAGAGAAGAUUCUUCGUUUUGUCAUCAAAGAAAAAGCUCUGACCUUACAGGAUCUUGAUAAUAUCUGGGCAGCACAGGCAGGGAAACAUGAAGCCAUUGUGAAGAAUGUACACGAUCUCCUGGCAAAAUUGGCAUGGGAUUUUUCUCCUGAACAACUUGAUCAUCUUUUUGAUUGUUUUAAGGCCAGUUGGACAAAUGCGAGUAAAAAGCAACGUGAAAAGCUACUUGAGCUAAUACGUCGUCUUGCAGAAGAUGAUAAAGAUGGUGUGAUGGCACACAAAGUGUUGAACCUUUUGUGGAAUCUGGCCCACAGUGAUGAUGUGCCUGUAGAUAUCAUGGAUCUGGCUCUCAGUGCCCACAUAAAAAUACUAGAUUACAGUUGCUCCCAGGACCGUGAUACACAAAAGAUCCAAUGGAUAGAUCGCUUUAUAGAAGAACUUCGCACAAAUGACAAAUGGGUUAUUCCCGCACUGAAACAGAUUAGAGAAAUUUGUAGUUUGUUUGGUGAAGCGCCUCAAAAUUUGAGUCAAACUCAGCGAAGUCCCCAUGUGUUUUAUCGCCAUGACUUAAUCAAUCAACUUCAACACAAUCAUGCCCUAGUUACUUUGGUAGCAGAAAACCUUGCAACAUACAUGGAAAGCAUGAGACUGUAUGCUAGAGACCAUGAAGAUUAUGACCCACAAACUGUGAGGCUGGGAAGUAGAUAUAGUCAUGUUCAAGAAGUUCAGGAACGGCUUAACUUCCUUAGAUUUUUAUUGAAGGAUGGUCAACUGUGGCUAUGUGCUCCUCAGGCAAAACAAAUAUGGAAAUGCUUAGCUGAGAAUGCAGUUUACCUUUGUGAUCGUGAAGCCUGUUUUAAGUGGUAUUCCAAAUUGAUGGGAGAUGAACCAGACUUAGAUCCUGAUAUUAAUAAGGACUUCUUUGAAAGUAAUGUGCUUCAACUUGAUCCUUCUCUGUUAACUGAAAACGGAAUGAAGUGUUUUGAGCGAUUCUUCAAAGCUGUGAAUUGUCGAGAAGGAAAACUAGUAGCAAAAAGGAGAGCCUAUAUGAUGGAUGACUUGGAGUUAAUAGGAUUAGAUUACCUUUGGAGGGUCGUGAUUCAGAGUAAUGAUGAUAUUGCCAGCAGAGCUAUAGAUCUCCUCAAAGAGAUAUACACAAACCUUGGUCCAAGACUACAAGUCAAUCAGGUGGUGAUCCAUGAAGACUUCAUUCAGUCUUGUUUUGAUCGUCUGAAAGCCUCCUAUGACACGUUGUGUGUUUUGGAUGGUGACAAAGACAGUGUUAAUUGUGCAAGACAGGAAGCUGUUCGAAUGGUUCGAGUAUUAACUGUUCUAAGGGAAUAUAUAAAUGAAUGUGACAGUGAUUAUCAUGAGGAAAGAACAAUUCUCCCCAUGUCAAGAGCAUUCCGCGGUAAACACCUCUCUUUUGUAGUUCGAUUUCCAAACCAGGGCAGACAGGUUGAUGACUUGGAGGUAUGGUCUCAUACAAAUGAUACAAUUGGAGGAGCUAUCACCAAAAAAAUGACUGGAAGUGACUUGGAUGAGAUGUUCAAUCUGCACUAUAAAGGAUUUAUAAUGUCACUGCAUCCCAGAUACAUCUCUUUUCUUUGGCAAGUUGCAGACUUAGGUAGCAGCCUAAAUAUGCCACCCCUUAGAGAUGGAGCAAGAGUACUCAUGAAACUUAUGCCGCCAGAUAGCACAACGAUAGAAAAAUUAAGAGCUAUUUGUUUAGACCAUGCCAAACUUGGAGAAAGCAGCCUUAGUCCAUCUCUUGACUCACUUUUCUUUGGUCCUUCAGCCUCACAAGUGCUAUAUCUAACAGAGGUAGUCUAUGCCUUGUUAAUGCCUGCUGGUGCACCUCUGACUGAUGAUUCCUCUGAUUUUCAGUUUCACUUCUUGAAAAGUGGUGGCCUACCCCUUGUACUGAGUAUGCUAACCAGAAAUAACUUCCUACCAAAUGCAGAUAUGGAAACUCGAAGGGGUGCCUACCUCAAUGCUCUUAAAAUAGCCAAGCUUUUGCUAACUGCCAUUGGCUAUGGUCACGUUCGAGCUGUGGCAGAAGCUUGUCAACCAGGUGUAGAAGGUGUGAAUCCCAUGACACCGGUCAACCAGGUUACCCAUGAUCAAGCAGUGGUGCUACAAAGUGCCCUUCAGAGCAUUCCUAAUCCAUCAUCCGAGUGCAUGCUUAGAAAUGUGUCAGUUCGUCUUGCUCAGCAGAUAUCAGAUGAGGCUUCAAGAUAUAUGCCUGAUAUUUGUGUAAUUAGAGCUAUACAAAAAAUUAUCUGGGCAUCAGGAUGUGGAUCAUUACAGCUAGUAUUUAGCCCAAAUGAAGAAAUCACUAAAAUUUAUGAGAAGACCAAUGCAGGCAAUGAGCCAGACUUGGAAGACGAACAGGUUUGCUGUGAAGCAUUGGAAGUGAUGACCUUAUGUUUUGCCUUGAUUCCAACAGCCUUAGAUGCUCUUAGUAAAGAGAAGGCUUGGCAGACAUUCAUCAUUGACUUACUAUUGCACUGUCACAGCAAAACUGUUCGUCAGGUGGCACAGGAGCAGUUCUUUUUAAUGUGCACCAGAUGUUGCAUGGGACACCGGCCUCUACUUUUCUUCAUUACUCUACUCUUUACUGUUUUGGGGAGCACAGCAAGAGAGAGAGCUAAACAUUCAGGCGACUACUUUACUCUUUUAAGACACCUUCUUAAUUAUGCUUACAAUAGUAAUAUUAAUGUACCCAAUGCUGAAGUUCUUCUCAAUAACGAAAUUGAUUGGCUAAAAAGAAUUAGGGAUGAUGUUAAAAGAACAGGAGAGACGGGUAUUGAAGAAACGAUCUUAGAGGGCCACCUUGGAGUGACAAAGGAGUUACUGGCCUUUCAAACUUCUGAGAAAAAAUUUCAUAUUGGUUGUGAAAAGGGAGGUGCUAAUCUCAUUAAAGAAUUAAUUGAUGAUUUCAUAUUUCCUGCAUCCAAUGUUUACCUACAGUAUAUGAGAAAUGGAGAGCUUCCAGCCGAACAGGCUAUUCCAGUCUGUGGUUCACCACCUACAAUUAAUGCUGGUUUUGAAUUACUUGUAGCAUUAGCUGUUGGCUGUGUGAGGAAUCUCAAACAAAUAGUAGAUUCUUUGACUGAAAUGUAUUACAUUGGCACAGCAAUAACUACUUGUGAAGCACUUACUGAGUGGGAAUAUCUGCCACCUGUUGGACCCCGCCCACCCAAAGGAUUUGUGGGGCUGAAAAAUGCCGGUGCUACUUGUUACAUGAAUUCUGUGAUUCAGCAACUCUACAUGAUUCCUUCCAUUAGGAACGGUAUUCUUGCAAUUGAAGGCACAGGUAGUGAUGUAGAUGAUGAUAUGUCUGGGGAUGAGAAGCAGGACAAUGAGAGCAACGUCGAUCCCAGGGAUGAUGUAUUUGGAUAUCCUCAACAAUUUGAAGAUAAACCAGCAUUAAGUAAAACUGAAGAUAGAAAAGAGUACAACAUUGGUGUCCUAAGACACCUUCAAGUCAUCUUUGGUCAUUUAGCUGCUUCUCGACUGCAGUAUUACGUGCCCAGAGGAUUUUGGAAACAGUUCAGGCUUUGGGGUGAGCCUGUUAAUCUGCGUGAACAACACGAUGCUUUAGAAUUUUUUAAUUCAUUGGUGGAUAGUUUAGAUGAAGCUUUAAAAGCUUUAGGACAUCCAGCUAUGCUAAGUAAAGUCUUAGGAGGUUCCUUUGCUGAUCAGAAGAUCUGCCAAGGCUGCCCACAUAGGUACGAAUGUGAAGAAUCUUUUACAACUCUAAACGUAGACAUUAGAAAUCACCAAAAUCUUCUUGAUUCUUUGGAACAAUAUGUCAAAGGAGAUUUACUAGAAGGUGCAAAUGCAUAUCAUUGUGAAAAAUGCAAUAAAAAGGUUGAUACUGUAAAGCGCUUGUUGAUUAAAAAAUUACCUCCUGUUCUUGCUAUUCAACUAAAACGAUUUGACUAUGACUGGGAAAGAGAAUGUGCAAUCAAGUUCAAUGAUUAUUUUGAAUUUCCUCGAGAGCUAGACAUGGAACCUUACACAGUUGCAGGUGUCGCAAAGCUGGAAGGAGAUAAUGUAAACCCAGAGAGUCAGUUGAUACAACAGAGUGAGCAGUCUGAAAGUGAAACAGCGGGAAGCACAAAAUACAGACUUGUGGGUGUGCUUGUACACAGUGGUCAGGCGAGUGGGGGGCAUUAUUAUUCUUACAUCAUCCAAAGGAAUGGUGGAGAUGGUGAGAGAAAUCGCUGGUAUAAAUUUGAUGAUGGUGAUGUAACAGAAUGUAAAAUGGAUGAUGAUGAGGAAAUGAAAAACCAGUGUUUUGGUGGAGAGUACAUGGGAGAAGUGUUUGAUCACAUGAUGAAGCGUAUGUCAUACAGGCGCCAGAAAAGGUGGUGGAAUGCUUAUAUACUUUUUUAUGAACGAAUGGACACAAUAGACCAAGAUGAUGAGUUGAUAAGAUACAUAUCAGAGCUUGCUGUCACCACCAGACCUCAUCAGAUUAUUAUGCCGUCAGCCAUUGAGAGAAGUGUGCGGAAACAGAAUGUACGAUUCAUGCAUAGCCGAAUGCAGUACAGUUUGGAGUAUUUUCAGUUUAUGAAAAAACUGCUUACAUGUAAUGGCGUUUACUUAAACCCUCCUCCCGCAAAGAAAGUAGUCCGUGGCUCUGCCAGUGAUUGGUAUGAUGCAUUGUGUAUUCUCCUUUGUCACAGCAAGAAUGUACGUUUUUGGUUUGCUCAUAAUGUCCUUUUUAAUGUUUCAAAUCACUUCUCCGAAUACCUUCUGGAGUGCCCUAGUGCAGAAGUGAGGGGUGCAUUUGCAAAACUUAUAGCAGUACUAAAUCUCUUGAGAAGGGAAGUUUCAGAGCAUGGGCGUCAUUUACAGCAGUAUUUCAACCUGUUUGUAAUGUAUGCCAAUUUAGGUGUGGCAGAGAAGACACAGCUUCUGAAAUUGAGUGUACCUGCUACCUUUAUGCUUGUGUCUUUAGAUGAAGGUCCAGGUCCUCCAAUCAAANNNNUCUAUCGUGAAAGUUGUGUAUUAUUAUUGUGGAGAAGCUUAUUAGUUUUUUAUUAAUGACAAAUCUAUAUUCUAGGUAAUCCUCCUCUUCCCAAUCCUUUUGGUGAUCCUAAUUUAUCACAACCUAUAAUGCCAAUUCAGCAGAAUGUGGCAGACAUUUUAUUUGUGAGAACAAGUUAUGUGAAGAAAAUCAUUGAAGACUGCAGUAAUUCAGAGGAAACUGUCAAAUUGCUUCGUUUUUGCUGCUGGGAAAAUCCUCAGUUCUCAUCUACUGUCCUCAGUGAACUUCUCUGGCAGGUUGCAUAUUCCUAUACCUAUGAACUGCGGCCCUAUUUGGAUCUGCUUUUGCAAAUCUUACUGAUUGAGGACUCCUGGCAAACUCACAGAAUCCAUAAUGCACUGAAAGGAAUUCCAGAUGACCGAGAUGGGCUGUUUGACACAAUCCAGCGCUCUAAGAAUCACUAUCAAAAAAGAGCAUACCAGUGUAUAAAAUGUAUGGUAGCUCUAUUUAGUAACUGUCCCGUUGCUUACCAAAUCUUGCAGGGAAAUGGAGAUCUUAAAAGAAAGUGGACCUGGGCGGUGGAAUGGCUUGGAGAUGAACUUGAAAGAAGACCAUAUACUGGCAAUCCUCAGUACACUUACAACAAUUGGUCUCCCCCAGUGCAAAGCAAUGAGACAUCAAAUGGUUAUUUCUUGGAGAGAUCACAUAGUGCUAGGAUGACACUUGCUAAAGCUUGUGAACUCUGUCCAGAGGAGGUAAAAAAAGCCACCAGUGUGCAGCAGAUAGAAAUGGAAGAGAGCAAAGAGCCAGAUGACCAAGAUGCCCCAGAUGAACAUGAGUCGCCUCCACCUGAAGAUGCCCCAUUGUACCCCCAUUCACCUGGAUCUCAGUAUCAACAGAAUAAUCAUGUGCAUGGACAGCCAUAUACAGGCCCAGCAGCACAUCACAUGAACAACCCUCAGAGAACUGGCCAACGAGCACAAGAA